ACUAUACACUCUACUCUAUACAGGUUUAUUUAUAUACAAGUCCGCUAUCUGUGAACAUAAUUUAAUACGUUAAUCUAAUUCAAGCUGGAUGCUAAUAAUAUCAAUUACAAUAAUCUACAUCAAUUAAAAGUUAGUUAACUCUACAAAACUGAGGUUAAUUUGAUUCCCUAAUUUUCCAGAUCCGUCUUUGCUGUUUGAGUUAAAUAGUUGUGAACUUUUAGCAAUACUUUGGGGGUUUAGGUUUUCAUAAUUUGACGAUAAUGUCGGACAAGUAUAAUCACAUUUUCGAAAUCUCCUGUUGAGUUGAAAGUCGAGUUUUUAGAACUUCAUUCAUGAUCUGUGGUUGUUUUUACAUAUGUACAUUUUGUUUUUACAUAUGUUCCUGUAGAAUUUUAGUUAGCAGAAAAAAUUACAGCAUGCUAUGUAUAACGAGGUUAUUGUGUGGUUGAUUUUCUUGUACAAGUAACAGCCGUUUCGGCUUUGGAAUCAAUCAUGAACAAGGGAGGGGCUGGAGGAAUUGGUCGUGGUCCUACGGCUGCAGCUGCGCUUGCUGCUGCUCAAAAGCAGAAGACAUUGCAGCAGAGAGUCGACAAUGACAUCGGAACUCUUGUUGACAGUUUUAAAUUCAUCGUCAAUGUUGCUAGGGUUAAUGAUCAACCUGUCAGAAAUUCACAUGAGGCUUUGAUGAUGAAGAUGCGUGCAUCCAGAAUGGUUCAGUCAGCCGAUUCAUUGCUUAAGCUGGUGUCAGAGUUAAAACAGACAACCACCCUUUCAAGGUUUUCAACCCUUAAUGAUCAUGUGGAGCAAAGAACAGAGGAACUAAACCAGCUGGCAGACGAAACAGAUGGCAUGUUGGCUAGAAUUGGAGACGAUGCUGCUGCUAGCCUUACAGAACUUGAAUCCCACUAUUAUUCAUCUGCAAUUGGGAUGAACCAAAUUGACAACAUCAAAUAGCUUUCAUAAAAGAUAUUGGGUAGUUUUGAAUGAUCUGUAAGCAGGUUUCAAUGAUGCUUCUGUAACAACCUGUAAAACAAUUUACAGCCUGCUUCUGUUAUUCAUGAUCCAGUGAGGCAAAUGUCAAUAGUAAACUCUGAACUUUAAAUGUAAGCAAACCUUUAAUCACCGUCGUUUAUGCUGUUGUAAAUAUGAAUUCAUAAGAACUUAGCGUACUUUGGAAGUAA